AUGAAAUUCGGUGAAACUCUUGGUGAAGGCUUGGUCCCUGAAUGGAAAGCUCAAUAUGUGAACUAUAAGGCGGGGAAAAAGUUGAUACACAAGGUUGACGAGUUGCGAUUGAUCUAUGAUAAAGAAAACACAUCUGAUGAUCCACCGCCAACUAGUAUUAGCAGCUUGACUGGGCCAGCAAAGAAGAAGGCUGAAGACAGAGCCAAUGACCGUACACCUCUACUUGAACCAAUUGAAGAAGCUGUGCCGCCUUUGGAAAGUAUUGAUCCGAAAGAUAGCACCACCAGAUUACCUGAUGCAUCUGGUUCUGGCUCUGGUUCUGCCCCAAAUAGAGAUCGACUGAAUACAGAGCUCAACAGUGAAGACGUAGGGGGUGGAGGAAAGAUAAAAAAGAGAACCUCCUUUCUCAACUACUCACUCCGCUCUUCAAACAAAGAUAAGCAACAGAGCAACUUUGACGCUGGUAAGGCUGCAUUUGUAGAAUGGGCAGACCAGGAACUAGAAAAGGUUGACAAAUUUUAUCUUGACAAGGAAUCAGAAGCAUAUGAAAAAUUUUUGCACUUGCAAGAUCAAUUGUAUCAACUUAGAGAGCAUAAACUCGAAGUUAUUGAAGCAAAGUUAAAACAUGCUGAUAGGAAAAAGAAUAGCGGGCUUACUACUGGCGCUGGAGGUAUACUCUCUGAUUCUUCGAUACCGGUGAACCUCAAUGUAGCUAAUCCUGAUUCAUUCGAUGUCAGUGAUUGGAGAGCAUAUGCCAAACAAUAUAUAGAUAGGUUGAACAGGUUUGAAACUCCAUCAUUACCUUCAACGACAUUCUUAAAAAAGUGGAGAAAGGACAAGAAGGACGACAAAAUUGGCAAUGAAAUCUCUUUGGGAAGGAAAAUUUCAGGAACUGGCUUUGAUAACGACGAUGAAUCUGGCGAUGACUUUGAGUAUGAUCCAAAUUAUGACCAAAAUCGAAUUAGAAAUGGUCAAAUGUAUCUCACUAGAGAGGAUGAGUUGGAUGAUGACCUCUCAAUGGACUUAUCAAUUGAUUCCGAAGUAUCAGAAAUUAACCGUAGACUGAAUCAUAGCAAGGGCCACCUUCCAAAAACUCGUACCAGGGAUCACCAGAGCCAUCAACCUGUUCCUGGCCAGUUACACCAGAAGCGGAAUAUCCAAAACCAAAACCAAAAUCGAGAUGAAAUGCAAACCUCAAAUUCGGGACUUUCUACAAUAGACAGCAAUGCCACAAACGAUUCAACUAAUUCAGACUCAGGAAUAGUGGAAGCGAUUAAUUCAAGUAUGGAAAACAUGGACGCAGAAAGGCGUACUGCAAGGAGAGAUUAUGUGAAAAGAAAAAGAGUCCAAUACCAUGUUCCGUACUUAUACGCACGCAAGCAAUUAAAAUCUGCAUUGUUAGAGCAUUAUAGAUCCUUGACCCUUCUCAAAUCUUUCAGAAUAUUGAAUAGAACUGCACUUAGAAAAAUCACUAAAAAGUUUGACAAGUCAUCAGGAACCGACAUUAGUGAAAAAUUUAUGUCCAAGGUAGAUCAUUCAUAUUUCCAGACCAGUGAUUUAAUAGAUAAGUUGAUUAGACAAGUUGAGGAAUUAUACAUUGUGUUUUUCGAUCCCGAAGCUUUAGAUAGAAAGCAUUCAUUAGAAAAAUUGAAAAGCAUUGCAUAUACUAUGAAUAACCUGGAAAUGAGACAACCAAAGUUCUAUUCCAGUGUAUUCAUUGUUGGGGCGUGCUUAGGAUUUGGAAUUCCAUUGAUUUGUUUGGGCGUAUAUACUGGAGUUAGCAAGACUUUAAGUGGUGAGCUUCCCGAAGGAAAGUAUAUGUUACAAAUAUGGGGUGGGUUCUUUAUUUUAAUACUGACGUUACUCCUUUUUGGGGUCAACUUGAUGGUUUUCGAUUAUUUUAAGAUAAACUACAAAUUCAUAUUCGAAUUCGACUUGUCUUCUGCAUUAGACUACACACAAUUCUUUGUAUUACCGAGCUGUGCCUUUGCCCUCUUUACAAUCCUAUUUUGGUUUAGUUUCAAUAACUAUUGGCCAACACAAUUUCCAGGCAGGGACUGGUCUUGGAUUCUUUUUGGCACCAUGAUAGUGGUUUUUAUGUGGCCAGGCAAGGAGCUUUAUGGUUCUAGUAGGAGAUGGCUUCAAAUUGCGCUUUGGAGAUUAUUGCUUUCAGGUUUCUACCCAGUUGAAUUUAGGGAUUUCUUCUUGGGAGAUAUAUUCUGUUCAUUGACAUACACCAUGGGAAACAUUUCCUUGUAUUUCUGCUUAUUUUCUCAUCAUUGGAAAGGUGUAAUAGGAAAUGGUAGCAGUCUGGAAAACGUAUGUGGAUCUAAUAAAUCGCAAUUGCUAGGUUUCUUUUCAACUCUCCCUAGCAUUUGGAGAUUUUUACAAUGUAUAAGACGUUAUGCGGAUUCGGGAGAUUGGUUCCCUCAUUUGGCUAACAUGGCGAAAUAUGCUCUACUGGGACUUUAUUACGUCCUACUCAGUGUUUACAGAAUCCAUGUUUCGGAAACUAAUAGAAUUGUAUUCAUAAUAUUCGCCACCCUCAAUUCACUAUACACCUCAGCUUGGGAUAUAUUAAUGGAUUGGUCUUUAUUACAGAGUGGAUCUAAGAAUUAUCUAUUGAGGGAUAAUUUAUUUUUCAAAAAUCCAAAUUAUUACUAUGCUGCAAUGGUGUUGGACGUUAUAUUGAGAUUUCAAUGGGUAUUUUAUGCAUGCUUUAGCUCCCAAAUCCAGCAACUGGCAGUUACUAGUUUUUGCGUUGCCAUGGCAGAACUAAUCAGGAGAUUCAUUUGGAUAUUCUUUAGAAUGGAAAAUGAACAUUGUACCAAUGUAAUCAUGUUUAGAGCAUCACGAGAUACUCCCUUACCAUAUAAAAUGAAACGGAAGACGGAGAAAGCCGUGAAAAGAUUGGUCAAACUAAGAUAUCUAGCAAAUAGCGAGAUCCAGAAUGAUCCUUUGUUGUCUGGUAGUCAAGCUCCAGUUAUAGUAGAAGGUGCAUCUACUACUUCUUAUAGGCACCACGAUGAAGAAGGAGAUGUAGGAAUGAGACCAACUGACAAACCUCUUCCAGGACUGUCUUCUGGUAAGAGUACAUUGGGCACAUCAGCAGCAUCGGGCGCGAGAUUACGUCGUAAAUCAACAUUUGUAACCUUCACCAGUGCAUUGAAUAAGGCACAUGUGAAGGACUUCCAAAGAAGAAAGGCCACUGUAAAUCUAGAUGCUCCAGAUAGUGACGAUGACGAUGAUGAGGACGGCUUUUCUGAUGCAGGAAGUAGGAAAGAGAAUGCUCCAAAGAAACCAUAA